AUGAUAACCCCAACCGCCGGAACAAAGACUUCCACUUCGAUCGAACCUCCUCUCGAAUCCACUUUGGAUACUGGUUCUGCCUCCAGCAGCCAGAGCAAGCAACGCCAAAUUAGUGUGUCGUGUUCCACCAACGAAGAACAAUGGCAGCAACGACAAUCAUCGGAGAAAGUAUCCAACACUGCGAUUACCGCCAAUACCAUUGCGACACAACAGUCCACAAAAGUGACUCCUCCACCACCAACUUCCAAGCGAAUCAUUAUUCCCGACCGUCACCCUUCCACGUCCGAUCACGGCAAGAGACUCAAAGUCGAAAAGUCAUCAUCAGCUGACGACGACGACAACGACAAUUGGCACCUUGUUGCUGCUGCUUCUGGUCAGGUUGGCCAAGCCUUGGCCAAAGUACUAAUGUAUGCUGUGGACCCAAUUCGAAUUCAAACAGAUUUGCGCCAAAAUGUGGAAGCCUUUGUGAUUCAUUUCCGUGGCGGCAAGAAAGCGUUAUUGGCCAAACAAGAAGCUAGUACUACUACUACUACUACUGCUCAUGAUGGUACCUUUCAUACAUUGCCGGCCAUUAUCGUGGCGGGCAAUCUGAAACAUUUGGAUUCCGUCGUGGAGGCAAUUUCCCAACGACCAAAGGAGUAUGCCCAAACAGAGCAGGAUCCACAAGAACUGCCGAACCGGCGGGCAUUGCUGAUUGUCAUUGAGGUCCAAUACGGUUUGUUGGCGAAUGGAAAAGCUGGUGUCGCAGUCUCUGGUGACGCAGCACACCUCGGCUUUGUCAUUCACCUGUUGAAACUGGCACUGAAGGACCGCAAGGAUCAUAGUAUAGCCACGUCCUCUUUGUCUGCUGAUUUGGCACUUCUCGACAGCCCCAAAAAAGUCGAGAAGUUCUUCAAAGCCAAAAGAGCUAUUUGA